GUCUACAAUCCGUGUGUUUGGAAUCGGUGAUUGGGGCUCAAAGGGGUCUGCUGCACAAGUCUGAGGGCCAAUCGCUGUGAUUGAAGCAGAACACUGGGUUGAUCGUCGAUUCGGCAUACCACUACUACAUCGACAAACGUCAGAUCCCCCGAUUCCUUAUCUUUCACCAUCCUCGCCUGUACUCGGUUUUCGACACGACUGUGCGACUUCCUUCAAUAUGUCGCUCCAUCGUGUGGGAUCUCUCGAAACCUUUCAGAUUUUGCCCCAUGCCCCAGGUUCACGACGCGGCAGUGAUGCCUCCAGUAUACGUGCCAGGAAGCUAAGUUUCAAUCCGCUGCCAGACGAAUGGGAUCCUCCGGCCUCCAAGUCCGAUGUCGUACAAGCUGUUUCUGGAUUUGAGGUGCCGCAAUGGAAACGGAUCCUACAGAUUGCUAUAACUGUUCUCUACUGCCUCUUCGCAGCCGGCGUUGUCUUUGGAUAUGCCGCACUGAAACCGGUGCUUAAAGCAGAGGGUGCCUACCGAGAUGUUUGCUACGGCGAUGAGUCUGGUCCGACGCACGGAGACACUUGUGUCGAAAUACAUCUGAACCUCAUGUUCACUGUUGCUGCCGUUGCUACUAAUGUAGCGGCGCUGCCUGUUGGCGCCAUUCUUGACCACUACGGUCCGCGUGUGUGCGGUAUUGCUGGUAGCCUCUUCCUCGCAUCUGGUUCUCUACUCAUGGCCUAUGCCGACGAGGUCUCAUUUGACGGAUUUUUGUUGGGCUAUCUGCUCCUCGCACUUGGAGGGCCCUUUACCUUCAUCUCAUCCUUCCAGCUCUCCAACGCAUUUCCUCGCCACUCUGGCCUUAUCCUCGCCCUGCUGACGGGCGCUUUCGACUCAUCCAGCGCCCUGUUCCUCGCCUACCGCCUCAUUUUCCAGGCUACCGAUGGCUCCUUUGGCUACCGCCAAUUCUUCCUCGCCUACCUUGUCGUACCCGCUUUCAUACUGGUCGUACAAAUCACCUUGAUGCCCAAACAGUCUUAUAAGACAAUGGGUGAUCUUGCCGAGCAGGCAGACCAGAUGGAAGCUGCCAUUGAAAGGGAUGACACUUUGGAUGACCAGAUCGACGAGAACACUGCUCUCCUCCGCGAGGAACAGCGCUCUCACCGCCAAACCGUUCUGGAUGACACUCAGGAGUUGAUUGGUGCCCAGGGCGCGGAUGAACAGGCCCGGCGCGAGGAGAAGAAGAAUUCCAUAUCUGGCGUCUGGGGCGUCAUGCACGCCAACACAGCUCUGCAACAGAUUGCAUCGCCCUGGUUCGUCCUCAUCUGUCUCUUCACUGUCAUUCAGAUGACGCGCAUCAACUACUUUGUCGCCACGAUCCGUGCUCAGUACGAAGCCAUCUUCGGCAAUGUCGCACAAGCCAUUGAAGUGAACAACUUCUUUGAUGUCGCCUUGCCCGUUGGCGGUAUCUUCUCGAUCCCCUUCAUCGGCCUAUUCCUCGAUCAUACCAGUACCUUCAUCGUCCUCACCGUCCUCGUCACCAUUGCAACUGCCAUUGGCGUCCUGGGCAUCCUACCUUACACGUGGGCUGCCUACACCGGUAUCUGCCUCUUUGUACUGUACCGCCCAUUUUACUACACGGCCGUAUCCGACUACAGUGCCAAGGUCUUUGGCUUCCGAACCUUCGGCACCGUCUAUGGCACCAUCAUCUGCCUCUCUGGUUUGCUGAAUUUCUCCCAGUCGGGUCUGGACUAUCUGUUUCACCAGACGUUCAAGGGGGAUCCGGUGCCCGUCAACGUCAUGCUGUUGUCUGCUGGCUUUGCAGUCGGUAUCUUGCUGGUUGGAUUUGUGGGUGUCCGGACUAGAGGGUUGCGGCGCAAGGUACUGGAGACUGAGGCCGAAAAUGCGGUACUGGGGCACUAGAAGUCGCCACGCAAGCCUCGCUCUUUGCGUCUAGUCGAGUCACCCUGGAAGGGGACGCGGAAAGAUCCUGGGAAUUUUCAUCAUCAGUCUGAGUCUCUCAUCAACACAGACCAGCCAUGCGGGUUCUACAGGCUGCCUGGUUGAUUAGUGGCAUGCGAGGAUGGCGGCACGCGCAACCGACAAAUCGCAUCAAAACCAAUGCGCGCACUGCUUUAGAAGCAGUAGCUGACAUACAACGUUACUGGGCCUGCUCUCAAAACUCAAGUGACCGUCAAGCAAGCGUCAGUGGAUUCUUGUUCUGAUCUCUGUGAAGCGAUGUUGCUUCGACGAGACGAGGGGGAAAUGGUCAUUGUUGAGAGGAAGUCAUAGUGUAUUCGAAAUCAUUGGUCUUCAAACUCCG